ACAAGAUGUGGACGAUCAACGACGAUCGGAGCUGUGAACCGUAGAAAGAUAUUGCGCAGGCCAUAAACACAAACAUCGCAAGUAAAGGAAGGUCAAUCCAUGCUCUCAAAUAACAUGUUCAGGUGACCAUUACCCCGCUAAUGUCAUGCAGGCAGUGGUAAGCAGGUUUUCUAAUCGGAUGUUGCUUAUCUUUCAAGGCAUGUAGGUGGUUGAGUUAUCAGAACACUACUGGACGUUCAAGUGGUUCGAGAAGAUAGGAACAAAAGGUCGGUCUUCCUUAUCAGCGUCUGUCUUCUUUCAGUGAAACGAAUCUUUGUACAAGCUGCUAUCAAUUUUGAGAGAAAGGUCUUGUGUCGUGUGUUGGCAUGGACAUCUGGCAUUACGUUGCUGCUGGUAUUCUGUGCAUUGUGCUGCAGAGUUCAGCAAGCAGGGACUUCAGCAUCUGUAAGGAUGUGUCUUAUUCGUGUGGUCCACUUCCUCCCGUUUUACCGAAGAGCUACAUCCUGAAGUACGAAUGGGUAGAUUUGAUGAGAAAUCAGACCGGGUGGAUGGAGGAAUACUUUGACCGCAAAAAUCUCCGAGCGAAAUUGACUGGCCUCCUGCAGGGAAUUACAUUUACGAGCAUCUACGAUUAUCACAGAGAAACAGUCACCACCUUCGGCUCCGACUCCCCGAUUGCCAGCGUCAGAUGGGAUCCCGCCAGCGAGGAUAGUUGUGAAACCAUCGAAAUGUCAUUGUAUGACCCUCGGCAGCUUCCGUUUGGAUACAAAUACGCCAAGGAGAGACCUCUGGGAUCUCGCAUGGACGACAUUUACGAGGAGUUUAAAUUCGGGGGUCCCUACCGCUCUCAAUUUGUCAAAUCUUACACCGGAGAGGAAACCCGAGGCAUCAGCACCAAUGUAUUCCAGUCCUGUGCCUACAACGAGGAAGAUGAUUCCACAAACCGAAUGAAAUAUUACUGGACGACUGAAAACAACUCCUUUACUUUCCCCUGUGGAGAGAAGGAGGUACCAGUGCGAAUUGAACAGUUUGGAACGUACCCGGCUUCUGAGGAUGAUGACGGUCGCAUACACUGGCUCAAAAACGUGGCUUGGUACGAGACGGACCCAACAUUUACUGAUGACAUUUUUCAGACGCCCCGAUCAAUGUACUGCAAGCAUAGCGCUAAAAAGCGAGACAUGCCAGACCUGCCUUUAUGGUUCAGCUUCCGGGUUGAGCAGGCUUCUUUUACUUUGGACGACGCGGGAUCUAUGGUGGGAGGACCGACCUCAGUGUCUUUCAAAGAGAUAUGGUACGACAGCGCGAAGAAUCUUGCGCGAGUUGAUAUGCUCCCUUCUAAGGAGGAGAAAGACUGGCCUUACGUUCGAGAUGCCCCAGACACCACCGGCCUUCUUUCUAUCGUUUUGGAUUUCAACUAUGGCGCAGCAUUCGUCACACAUGCCUCGAAUGGAGAGUGCGUAGUUAAAAAGCUGGACCGAGACUUCUUUUUGUGCAAUAGCAGUAGCCCAUCCCCAGUUAAAAUGGUGGACCCGUCCGUGCUAUUUGGAGUGACCAAGGAACAUCAAUACAAGGGAAAAUACAGCGUAAGAGACAUUGCAGUGGACACCUGGGCAGCCAUGAAAGAAAGCCCAGAAACAGCAGAGACACGUAACGAAAUGACUACUCACGAAAUAUCCUGUUUAUCGAAUGAACGAGCUCUACGCUAUGGUGAGCCCGCCAACGCAUUUAUACCUAUUCAGGAGAGUUUGUACACUGAUAUCUACGACACAAAACCAGGUGAAGUUCAAGCAAAAUUCAGACAAAAAGUGCUGAUGAAGAAUUACUUCAAAUAUUCAGAUUCUCAACCUAGGCUGUCGGUAUUUGAUGCUCCUGGUUGCAUUCAACACCACGGCUCAAGAACCUUUAUUCUCAAUUUUCCAGGAGCAGCCAAGGACUUGAUUACAGAGAACAGGUAUGCUUUCGUUGAUGCACUCAGAAGCUCAAUAAGAGACUAUGGUGAUGUCGGUACUGUGCUCCGGGUUCAGCAAGUACAUGUUGGAUAUGACAGAAGAAUCGGCGUGAUCAGAUCUUUUUUCACUAUCUUAGCUCCCCUCCCAGAGCUAGAACAAAAGGUGAUACGAAGUAUCGAUGACAUAAAGACAUCAAUUCAAGAAAAAGUCAAGAAUGGAACAUUCUUUGUUGCUUUCGUUGUAGUCAAGCCCGAUGGAACUAAACAACCUCAAUCAUUCAAAGCUCUGGACAACUCGUUCAUUGAAUACCCAUCGCACACAUCGAAGAAACGGAGAUACUACCAGCCUCGCAGGCUUCCGAGGGGCAUUGCGGAGGGAAGAACAUUGCCUGUCCGGCAGAAAUACGAAGAAACUCUCGGCUACAGCCCAGGUAUUUUCGCUGCUAUCGUCAUCGCAUUCUUGGCUGGUGGCAUCGUUUUUGGAAUCUUCGCUAUGAAGUACUAUUUAAUGAAGAGGCAGGCCAUGCAUCCAGAUGAAAACCGUAUGGAAUUGUCAUAAGUAUUUUUUGCUCAGCCGCUGAUUUUGAAUGCUGAUGUAUUUAGGUAGCUUUUUCUAAAAUAAAAUGAAUGCCAACUAUGGA